UUGUAAAAUGCUAUGACAACAGGGCGAAGGCGGCUUUGAUUUAGGCUGGAGUUGGGAGGUGUCUUCCUCAGGCAGUUGGAUUGCAGCUUCACCCCUCUUACAGUCUCCUUGAUGGUUUCAUCCUCUGUGUGAGCAUCCGGAUUUGGAGUUUUUCUCUCUUGCCUUGUGGCUUCCGAGGGAUCCAUGUCGUUUUCCCUGCUUGUCUCUGGGGGAUGACAAGGAGAUACAGGAGAUCUUGGAGGGACUCACUUCAACUCUGUGGAGCUGGUGUGGCCGCUCGGCGGGAUUCUGUGCCUGUGGACGUGGAAAACUUCGAAAACACGACCAAGAGGUACUAGUGGAGUUAAAUGUUGCUUUUCCCUGCACGGCUCCAUCACUGGAUCCUCGUCAGGAGUUCUGAAAGGGAUAGUGCGUUCGUAGAAACGCGAGGCAAAGUCCACUUGUUGGCAUCAGGGUGAAGGGAAAUGUCUUUGUUCAAAGCCCGUGAUUGGUGGUCUACUGUGCUGGGAGAAAAAGAAGAAUUUGAUCAAGGCUGUCUAUGCUUGGCUGAUGUUGACAAUAGUGGCAAUGGACAAGAUAAAAUCAUCGUGGGCAGCUUCAUGGGCUACCUGAGAAUCUUCAGUCCCCAUUCUGUGAAGACUGGAGACGGGCCUCAGGCUGAGGACUUGCUUCUAGAGGUGCACCUGAGGGACCCGGUGCUGCAGGUGGAAGUCGGGAAGUUCGUCUCAGGCACCGAGAUGCUGCAUUUGGCCGUGCUGCACCCCAGGAAGCUCUGCGUCUACUCUGUCUCAGGAACAUUGGGUAAUGUGGAACAUGGAAACCAAUAUCAGAUAAAAUUAAUGUAUGAGCACCAUCUUCAGAGGACAGCCUGCAAUAUGACUUAUGGACCCUUUGGUGGUAUAAAAGGUCGAGAUCUGAUCUGUAUCCAGUCCAUGGAUGGGAUGCUGAUGGUGUUUGAGCAGGAGAGCUACGCUUUUGGGAGGUUCCUCCCCGGUUCUCUUCUGCCUGGCCCUCUGGCUUACAGUCCCCGUACGGAUUCCUUCAUUACCGUCUCCUCCUGCAGACAAGUGGAGAGUUACAAGUACCAAGUACUUGCCUUUGCUACGGAUGCGGAUAAAAAGCAGGAGACAGAACAGCAAAAACUUGGAUCUGGAAAAAGACUUGUUAUGGACUGGACACUGAAUAUUGGCGAGCAAGCCCUUGAUAUCUGCAUCGUUCCUUUCAACCAGUCGGCAUCGUCUGUCUUCGUCCUCGGUGAGAGAAACUUCUUUUGCCUGAAGGAUAACGGACAGAUUCGAUUCAUGAAGAAGCUGGACUGCAGCCCCAGCUGUUUUCUCCCAUACUGCUCAGUUUCUGAAGGUUCGAUGAAUACCCUGAUUGGGAACCACAACCACACGCUGCACAUUUACCAGGACGUGACGCUGAAGUGGGCCACACAGCUCCCCCGCGUCCCCGCGGCCGUCAGGGUCGGCUGUCUGCAUGACUUAAAGGGAGUGAUAGUGACUCUCAGUGAUGAUGGUCACCUGCAGUGUUCAUACCUGGGGACAGAUCCUUCUCUGUUCCAAGCUCCAAAAGUUGAAUCAAGAGAGCUCAACUAUGAUGACCUCGAUGUAGAACUGAAAGAACUUCAGAAAAUCAUCAAAGAUGUGAAAGCACAAGGUGUUUGGCCCAUGAUGGAGAGAGAAGAUGACUUGAAAGUCUCUGCUUUAGUGUCUCCUAACCUUGAUUCUGUGUCUCAGGCCACUAAUGUUGAAGUUGGUACUGACUCUGUUCCAUCCAUCACAGUGAAGAUUACCCUGCAGAAUCGAGUGGUGUUGCAGAAAGUCAAAUUGUCAGUCUAUGUGCAGCCACCAUUAGCGUCGACUUGUGAGCAGUUUGCCUUUGACUUUGCGGUACCAGACAUGACCAGCAUAGUAACAUUUGCUGUUUACCUGAAGAGGAGUUACACACCAUCCGAAUUAGAAGGAAAUGCUGUUGUCUCCUAUUCCAGACCAACAGAUCGGAAUCCUGAUGGUAUUCCUCGGGUUAUCCAGUGUAAAUUUAGGCUUCCUCUGAAGCUAAUUUGCCUACCGGGUCAGCCUUCAAAAACUGCAAGCCACAAACUAACCAUUGACACCAACAAAUCACCUGUCAGUCUGCUUGGCCUCUUCCCAGACUUUGCCAACCAGUCCGACGAAGAUCAGGCGAAUGUAGUAGGUUUUCGCCUCCUAGGAGGAGCUCGGGUGACUCUCCUGGCCUCCAGAACGUCCCAACGAUACCGAAUCCAGAGCGAACAAUUUGAAGAUCUUUGGCUCAUAACAAAUGAACUCAUCCUUCGCCUUCAGGAAUAUUUUGAAAAACAAGGAAUCAAAGAUUUUGCAUGUUCGUUUUCUGGAUGCAUGCCCCUUCAAGAAUAUUUUGAGUUGAUUGAUCAUCAUUUUGAGCUGCGGAUAAACGGGGAGAAAUUAGAAGAACUUUUAUCUGAGAGAGCUGUCCAAUUUCGGGCCAUCCAGCGUCGGCUUCUAACAAGAUUCAGAGAUAAGACACCUGCCCCACUCCAACACCUGGACACUCUGCUGGACGGGACGUACAAGCAGGUGAUUGCUCUAGCAGAUGCGGUUGAGGAAAACCAAGACAGGCUGCUGCAGUCUUUCGCCGGCCUGAAGAGUGCCACCCAUUUGCUGAUCCUGCUGAUCAGGCUGUGGCAGAAGCUGAGCAGUGACCAGACUGCUAUUCUAGAAGCAGCAUUUCUGCCACUACAGGAAGACACACAGGAACUGGGCUGGGAAGAAACGGUGGAUGCUGCUGUUGCCCACCUUUUGAAAACCUGCCUGUCGAAGAGUUCCAAGGAGCAGGCUUUGAACCUCAGCAGCCAACUGAACAUACCCAAAGACACCAGCCGGCUGAAGAGGCACAUCACCUUGCUGUGUGAUAGGUUGGCUAAAGGUGGGCGUCUCUGCGUGAGCUCGGAUGCCGCGGCCCCGCAGGCCAUGGUCAUGCCAGGUGGCUGCACUCCAAUCCCAGAGUCAGACCUAGAAGAAAGAUCGCUAGACAGCUCCGCAGAACUGUUUACCAACCACAAGCACCUCAUCACAGAGCCCCCCGUGCCUGAAGUCUCAGCCCUCCAAGGAGUUUUGGAAUAGUUGGAAUAACGCUAACUAGGUGGAGGGAAGAUGACCGUCCGAGGCCGACCCUGUGUGGACACUGUGCUUCCACCUGGUGCUGUGCCGAGCUCACCCCUGGAGGUGACCACGUGGAGAUGGGAUCAGGACUUUUGAUUUUGCUAGGAGAGCUUGGACUAUCACAGAACGGUCAACUGAAAGACAAGGUCUGUCUUUUCUUCCCAGGAAAACGGUUGCUGCCUUUAGUCAUAUGUGCUUAUAGCCAUGAUAUAGCAAGGUGAUAAAGUUUGGGGACAGACUUUAUAAUACAGGGGUCCAGAUGUAAAAUAAUUUGAUAGCCCAUUUUUUUCACAGAAUUCUUAUGUAGUAAAUGUAUCAAGUUUAAUAAAGCAUAUUAUUAUCAAACAAUAA